UCUUUCCCCUCAUUUCGCGUCACUUUUCCGUCCACUGCGUGGCUGUUCGAAAUUAAUCUGUCUCGCUUUUCUGGUCGGAAUUUGGAAAUGGCGUGUGCUAGGGUCUCUCGAUCUCAUCUUUUACUUCUCCGUCCAAGCGUCCCCUCUUCGUUGCUCCAUUUCUUUCGUUCUCUAUCCGUCGUUUCCACCAGGAAGUUCACUGUCUUUGCUUCCCUCAGCGCUAUGAACUCCUAUUCUCUUGCUGACGCUGCAAGUCCGAAGAUCGAUCGGUGGAAGCCCAUGUGUCUAUAUUACACUCAAGGUAAGUGCACCAAGAUGGAUGAUGCUAGUCACCUUGCAAAAUUUAAUCACAAUUAUUUGGUGGAUCUUGAGCCAGCCUCUGAACCUAGUAACCUAAGGCAUCAGGAUAUAGAUUAUCUUUUGGUACUUGAUUUGGAGGGAAAGGUUGAGAUUCUGGAAUUUCCGGUUGUGAUGAUAGAGACGAAGACGAUGUCUUUUGUCGACUCAUUUCAUAGGUGCACUGUCCUUAAAAUGUUUCUACAUAUCUUUGAAUGUAGGUUUGUUAGGCCCACUGGACUGAGCGAGCAAAGAGUUGAACAGUAUAUUGAAGGAAAGUAUGGGAAAAUAGGAGUUGACAGUGUUUGGCAUGAUACUGCUAUUCUGUUCAAAGAUGUGUUAGAAGAAUUUGAGAAAUGGAUGUCUCAUCAUCAAUUAUGGAACAAGCAGGCUGGAGGAUCACUCUAUCGAGCUGCAUUUGUAACAUGUGGGAAUUGGGAUUUGAAGACAAAGGUUCCUCAACAAUGUAAAGUUUCAAAGAUAAGAACACCGUUGUACUUCAUGGAAUGGAUUAACCUCAAGGACAUCUAUCUCAACUUUUAUAACCGAAGAGCUACAGGAAUGGCAACAAUGUUGAAGCAAUUAGGGAUUCCUUUGUUGGGAAGUCACCAUCUUGGAAUUGAUGACACUAAAAACAUAACCAGGGUUCUUCAACGGUUACUUGCCGACGGAGCUUUGCUUCAGAUUACUGCAAGGCGGAGCUCUUCGAACCCUAGCAAUGUUGAGUUUCUGUUCAAGAAUCGAAUUGUGUGAUGUUUGUUACUCUUCAGCGUUCUUGUGAAAUAUCGUCAUCUUUAAAUUGCCUUCUGUAGUUUCUCUUCUAUAUGCCAAUGUGAUCGGAUGCCAGUUCUCUAGAGAGCUAGAAUUCAAUCGUCAUUCCUAAGUUGUGGAUUAGAUAGAUGGCUGUUCGAUCCAUUGUAUUUUAUUUUUAUUGUUUGAUUUGCUGCAAAGUGAAUGUAAAAUAAAAUUUUGAAGUAUUAUAAGUUCAAACUAUGAAAAUAAUAGAAGGGAAAAAGGAAGAUAACCCUUCUCAUUAACCAAAACAUGAAUCUAAAGGUAUAAACUAUAUGUAAUUGGAAAUUGAACAUUCUAUCAUAAAGGGGAAUGUUGGAUUUUAUCUUUGCAGUUGGAAUUUGGCCAGUGUGCGCAAUUUAUCCUUUUGUUCAGCUGACUUGCUUCUGCU